UCGGCUGUUGUCCACCGUCCGAUGCGUAAAUAUCCCACAGAAAACUCGGAGCACCCAGAUGUGUAUGGAAAGAGCGUUUUUUCUAUUCUGAUGGUUCAAAGUAACCGAUGCCGGACUGAUUCGACUUUAUUGUAGUCGGUCACCUUCUUUGCAAGACACAUCGGCAUAUAUCUACUUUGUGAUUCAAAUGAGGGAGAAGAUGUGGAUAUUUUACACUGCCGACAAUUCAAAGUGUCCUUUUUCUAUUUGGAAUCAGUGGUGUUUGUAUUACGCAGCGGUGGUGUAUUUGUUGAUCUCGCCUGUCAGGACGGAUGAUGUUUGCCCGUCGACCUGCAUCUGUGCCAGAGACUCAGGGACAGUGACCUGCCGUGAUGGGGAGGACACUGAUGUACCAGGAGACAUACCGGAGUGGACGUCCACCUUGAUACAAGGGAGAAACAUUUCAACUUUACAGCGUGGUGCGUUCAUGACCAACGGCACGGAGUUGGAAAUGACGAUACUGUCGCUGUCAUACAACGGGAUACAGGUUAUUGAACCUUACGCCUUCCUGGGUCUCCCCCGAUUGCAUUUGUUGGAUCUGAGCCACAAUCAAUUGGAGUCUAUCUCAGCCAGGGCUUUCCACGGGUUACUAGAGCUGCGCUCUCUUUACCUAAAUUACUCUAUUUUGCCUCCGGCCACAUCGCAGCUCUCCAAUGCGCUCAGCACACAAAGUUUGCGCAACCUCCACAGACUGGAGUUGGCGGGAAACAGGCUGAAGUCUAUGCCCCUGGUGAGAUUAGAUAUCCAUAAUCUCCACGCGUUAGUGCUGAUAAAUAACUCAAUUGAGAGCAUUGGGGAGGAAAACAUAACCAAUUUAUACCAGCAAAGGCGCAUACGCGUCUACUUGUCUUUAAACCCUUUUCGAUGCAACUGUGAACUGGAGGCAUUUUACUACUGGUUGAAGAACUCAUCCCAGUGCCCGGAUGCAGAGCGUCUCCUGUGCAGCGAGCCGGAGGCCAAGAGGGGGAUUCCCGUGGAGAAGCUCCGGGGAGAGGACGUGGAUUGUAUGAACGAGAACCUUGAGGCGGUUUCAUACGUGUUCCUCGGUAUCGUCUUGGCUCUGAUAGGAGUGGUGUUUCUAAUGGUGCUGUAUCUCAACCGGAGAGGCAUCAAACGGUGGCUCAACAACAUCAGAGAGGCGUGCCGUGACCAGAUGGAGGUCUACCAUUACCGCUAUGAGCAGGACUCAGACCCGAGACUGGCCAACGUGGCUGUUUAACCUACUGAAACACUAGGCCACUGCAGUAAAGUGAGGGGGCAGGGGAGAAAGGAUAGCGAGCUGGAGAUGUACUUUAUCAAAAAGACUGGGAAGAUUCCCUGGCAGUGUCCUGUCACAAUCAAAAUCAAUAGUUUUUAAAAGCAGUUUCAUCAUUGUCAGCAGCUGGCCAAUGAACUGCAAGUAUCCCUCUCACACUGGGAUAUGCACAGAGCCAAAGACACUUAAAUGUCUAUAAGAGACUAUUAUUCUACAUAAUGUAUAUAAGUAACUACUCAAGAGGGGAAUGCUUUUCAAGCAUCAUGUUAACCAGUCUACAGCAGAGUGUCAGACUAACAUAGUAUUAUUUAUCUUAUUAA